CGUUGCUCUUCCCUUCUCUGUCCUUCGCUUGUCUGUGAGUUUAUCGCUCUCGAUCUCUCUACGCUCGUAGCGCAGUACUCUUUUAUGAUUCUUUCACGACGAUGUCGAAUUAACUUCGUCGCGUUAUGGUAACGUACACGAAUCGUACGAUGGAACUGCAAUGACAGUGAGAUUAUCGCGAGUAUCCAUGCGCGAUUAAUGAACGACACGUACGUACGUAGUGCACGGUAGGCCUGGCGGGACUGAAAUUCUUCGAGUGUUCUUACCCUUAGCGUGCCAGAUUCGACGGGACAACUGUCUGUGACACUCGGUUGAGAGCAGAGAAGAAAACAUCCAGUAUCUCGUAGGAUGACCGAUCCGAAAAUCGAGAUGCAUUACACACCACCGACUUCAGACACCAUUCAAACGAAACCCUUCCCUAUUCGAGGUGAACGAGCGAACUUUGUGAACAAACCGCAUGUAAUCGCCAUGGUGGGCCUGCCGGCCCGCGGCAAAACGUAUAUAUCCAAGAAACUGUGCAGAUACCUAAACUGGAUUGGCAUCAAUACUAAGGUGUUCAACCUCGGGGAGUACAGGCGACACGCGACCACCGCUUACCAGUGCCACGAGUUUUUCCGUCCUGACAAUAUAAAAGCUAUGGCGAUACGUACCCAAUGCGCCAUGGAUGCCCUGAAGGACGUCUGCCAAUGGUUAGAGAGUGGUGAUGGCGAAGUGGCUGUGUUUGACGCGACCAAUUCGACCGUCGAGAGACGCCACCUCAUCAGGGAUAUCGUCGUCGAGAAGAUGGGCUUCAAACUUUUCUUCGUCGAAUCUGUCUGCGACGAUCCUGAGAUUGUUGAACAGAAUAUCAUGGAAGUCAAAGUGAGCAGUCCCGAUUAUGCUAACAUGAACAAGGAAGAGGUACUGGCUGAUUUCAUGAUGAGAAUCGAGCACUACCAAGAAAAGUAUCAGGCGUUGGACGAAUACCAAGAGAAUGAUCUGUCCUUUAUGAAGAUUUACAACACUGGCGAGAAAGUGCUGGUCCACAAGCAUGAAGGUCACAUACAAAGUAGGAUAGUUUAUUAUCUCAUGAACAUCCACAUAGUGCCACGUACGAUCUACUUAACCAGGCACGGCGAGAGCAUGAUGAACCUUGAAGGUAAGAUAGGCGGGGACUCGGAACUGAGCGACAGAGGCUGGGAAUACGCCAAAGCUUUGGCCAACUACAUUACUAGUCAGGAUAUACAGGGUCUGCGCGUGUGGACUAGUUGGCUAAAGAGGACCAUACAAACAGCAAGCGACGUGGAUGCGCCUCAAGAAAGGUGGAAAGCUCUCAAUGAGAUUGACGCGGGUAUCUGCGAAGAAAUGACAUAUGAGGAAAUUGCGGAGAAGUAUCCGACAGAUUUCGCUGCAAGAGAUCAGAAUAAAUUUUCUUAUCGUUAUCCGAGAGGUGAAAGUUAUGAAGAUCUAGUCGCGAGGUUGGAACCGGUGAUAAUGGAGCUAGAACGGCAGGGUAACGUUCUGGUUGUCAGUCACCAAGCCGUUUUACGAUGCCUUUUAGCUUAUUUCCUAGACAAGAGUGCGGACGAAUUGCCAUAUUUACAAGUACCGCUACACACUAUAAUUAAAUUAACACCUGUUGCCUACGGUUGUAAAGUGGAGCACAUUCGACUACCCAUCGACGCAGUGAACACACACCGGCCGAAACCAAAGAUCCCAGGAUAUCUAGAGGAACAAUUCCGAAGGAAAGGAAAGUUGCUUCACACGUGAUAACGACGACGUUAUAGCAGUGCAGAACUAAUUCUUGUGAUCGUUACGAGAUGCUGAAGACACGCAUUCUUUUGGCAGCUGGCUGCCUUUGCACGUUCGGUGCAACGCGCAUCCCCUCUUUUACCUUACGCUCCGUAUAAUUUAGAUAAAAAGCAUACCCAACGGCAUCCGACAAUGUAUCCUGUACAAAUCACGCGACCAAAAGAUACCUUUCUUUUUCUCUGUUUUCGAACCGUACACGUCGUAUGCUAGUACUACAACAAGCGUGCGUACACAUUCUAACUUUUAUACCUUUACGAAUUCAUCUCUGGAAGAGCAGAGAGAUUUAGUGAAAUAACUGACUAACGGGGAGAGUAUUGCGAACAUUGAGCGCAUAUGCAACCACUUACGUAUAUCAAUUUCAAUCUGGAAUUUUAACGAAUAUCAAAUUUAAUGUCCUGACGGCUACAUUCGAAGGUUCAAAUUACAUUAGGUCUUACGAUUUACAUAAAGCUUCACAUUGUUUAACUCUCUAUCCUAUGAAUUUUAUUUUUUGCUUCGUAAAAAGAAUUAUUCCUUAAUUAUUUAUUAGCUUUUAAAUUAAUGAAUACUCACUCUAAUAAAUGGCUGAAUCUACAUAUAUGGCUAUUAGACGUUUACAUUAAAAAACGUUAUGCUUAGUUUCUGUGAAAUUUCACCAACUAAAUUUACAAGAUUUGUUUUCAUUAGGUUUGCGAUUUACGCGAUAGAGGGUUAUAUAAAUUUAGUCGUCAACAAAACUAAUGGUUGAUUUAUAAAGAUAUUUCCCUAAACAUACAUAGUGUUUAUAUAAUAACGUUUCAUAUAUUUUACAGAAGUGUUUUAUCGGUACUGUGUUCCGGCAAUUGUUAACUGAUAUAGUUGUAUACGUCGAUCAGGAAAUAAUUAGAUGUUGACGUGUUUAAAAGCUAUUGUCUUGACCAAGAAUCAUACUAUAUUUCAAAACAAAAGUUAAUCGUCUUAUGUAAUAAUCUAGUUGCCGGUAUGAGGGAAUAGGUUUCAUCAGAAUGUUUUUAUUAAGAUGAUCGAAUGACAUGAAAGACGAAUAGGAAACAUUCUGGACUAUAAUUUAUUUCGAGAGAAGUGUACAUAUUUUUUUAAUACCUUUCAUGACAGAAGAAAUAUAAUUACUUGAAAACAA